AGUUUAAAAUGGCGUCUGUAAACAUGGCUCGUUCGGGAGAGGAAAUAUAUGAAGAAAAGAAGCUAACAUAUGAGGAAUACAUGUUUAAUCAUAUACGGAAGAAGUAUAAACGGAGAAAGAAAAGAAAAGGAAGCUUUCCUUACCUUUGCUUGUUCUUCAUUGUCGAUAAAUUGAGGGACAUUUUGAGAUCGGAUCCGGGGGAAUACAGCGGGUUAAAAACUGUGUUGGGGUUCCCCACGGGAGCUCUUAUAGCAUUCGGUCUUUACUUGGCAGUACUGGCGCCAUUAGAUCUACAGAAAGAGACAGCCGAGUUAUUUGGCGGACUCCUAGGUCUUGGGUUAGCGACCGGAUAUGCGAUUUCCGCGCAAGUGCGAUGUAUCUGUUGGUUGCUUGUUCCCACAUUCUUCGGAAAGAAAGGACGAUCAUUUAUAGGAACCUAUGCGAUUAUAUUUCUUAUCGCAGGACCAAUUCAUAACCUCGCUACAAACGGCAGAGAGGUGAUCCGCUCCCUGACUUGUGCCGUGGAGUUAGCCAUUAACCAGACGUCUGCUAAAUGGGAGCUGAGGACCAAACCAUUCCGCAGGAUCAUGUCACAGUUUGUGAAUGAAGGCGCUCAUUUAAAGAAGGUGACGAAGAAAAUAGACGCAGCCUACCAGCCAAUCAGAAAAGAGUUGAAAAGCCACGAAGAUAGUGACGAGUAUGAAAUCGAAGACGAGGACUCGGAAGCUAAAAUGGCGGAAAGAAUGAGACAGGUAGACAAAGUGACACACAACAGACGCGGAAACCGGAUGAAGAAGAUAGAAUCCGAAAACGACGAGAGCACGGCAAAGGACAGAGCAGAGAAAUCCGAGAAAAAAUACCGGAAAAAGCUAGAAAUGAGAUGUGAAG